GGGCACUAAUUACUCUAGUCUAAGCCUCUUGUUCUAGUCACCAACUUUCUUCUUCACCGAGAAACACUAGGGGGAAAAAAAAAAUGGCUAUAGCAAUUGAAGAUGUACCCCCUCACAUGAUAAGUUUCGUUAGGGGUUACCUGUGUCUUUCUGUGUUAGCUUCCCUUGGUGCCGUGUCCUUGUACUCUCACCUAGAGUUCCAUCAGAUUCAGCUAGAAGUUGCAGAAAAGGAGCUAAUCUCACCUCUGAAGGAGUCCUUUUAGAUAUCGGAUCCUAUGUUUUGUUCCUUGGGAUGACUAUGGUGUUCCCACUUUCUGCGGCUUAUGUGUUUGGUGGUUUUCAGUGGUUGGGCUGGGUUGAUUCGUGGAUGAGUGAGACAACCGUUCAGAAAGCUGUCAAGAAAGCAAUGGUGGAAUUAUUCUAUUUCAUAUCCUACAACACCAUCAUGUGUUUCAUACCCCAUUUUGGAGUCCAUUCAUUCACCACAAGUGAUUGGCACUUUGAGGAUUCAAAAGAGUUGAUGAUGGUGAAUCUGGCCUCAUUUUUCUUCCUUCUACUUCUGGCUAUAAUGUCCGAUGGAAUUGGAAUGAUUUCGCAAACGGAUUUCGGAAGGUUUAGAGAGAAAAUGCUGGAGUUAGCCCUACACAUUGCCGCCCUUUAUUUCGGGACAGACUUCCUUUCUUGGUUUGGAAUGUUAAGCUUGUGUUGUUUAGUGCAUGCCAUAAAAAUUGGCGGCCAAACAUGGCUCUUGCUUGAAGUUGAAGAGGUCAGAAGAAGAAGGGCAGCUGCGGCGAUUGCGGCGGCUGCUGCUGCUGCUGCUGCUCGUCGUCGUCGUCGUGGUGGUGGUGCAGGUGCUGGUGGUGGUGGUGCUCCUCCUCACGACGGCAAUGAUGGUGAUGAUAAUAAUGGCAAAGGCAAACCCAAAGAGCAGUCAUUAUACCAAGCAAUAUUACAGCAUGAUAAAAAAGACAAAGGCAAAUCCAUUGCUGCUGGACCUUCAACCACUCAGUCGGCCCCCCCAAAAGUUAAUCCGAGGCAUUCGGGAAUUCACAUUCAAGGCUGAAGUACGUAGCAAAGGGAGAUCCUAAUGAAGUGCUGAACAAUUGAAUUUCCAUGCAGGUUGUUGCAAGCUGAAGUUAUUAGAUGCAAUAAAUGCAUGAGUUUGUGUUUCAUUACUCCCGGAAUAAUAAACUAUUAAACCAGCUUGUGAAUGUUUAGCACUGUUAAUAAUUUGAAAUUUCACUUGUUGAAGAUCGGUUUCUUCCGGACGGUAUCUGUUUGUGUUGCUCCUUUGCUUUUUUUCUUUUUCCUAGUAGUACUGAUUAAUUUCUUAUCAUGGACAAGGAUUUUAGUGGCUUUUAAAAUUUUUUAGCAUAUUAUAAAUAACUAAUUUUCC